AUGCAGCUUUGGAGUCAAGACCUGUCAUCCCUCGCCGUCCUGCCCCUCUUCCUAAUAGUUAUCGGCUCCGAGCUUUUGGUACAUUCGGCAAAUCUUCCACAGCCAAUCCAGCCGGGACUACAGAUACCAGGACAGUUAUUGCCUGGACGGCUGCCGCUGUACGAGAGCGACUCAGAAACCUCUUCGACAUACACAGAAGAUACUCUUAGCGAUUCGGAAACAGAGACCCCAUCCUACUCCUCCUUCUAUAGCGGUAAGUCUGGCUCUGUGCUGAUUGCGUCGACUUGA